UCGUUUUCUCGUUCUUCAAGUUCUCUCUCAGUCCCUCCCCCCUUCUCUCUGAGCUUAUUCGCAGGGCGAAAGCAGGAGAAGAUGACGCAGGACGUGGAGACGAAGGGUCAGCCUGCCCCGCCUCUCUCUCAAUCCUCGUUCACUUCUCCCGUUCUUCAGCAUCUGAAAGAGAUGGGGACCUUGAUCGACAUGGGGGCGUACACGAAGGAGGUACGCUGGAUCGUUCGUGCCGUCUGCCACACGAUCGCGCUGCGCCAGUCCUCUCGGCGUUCCUUCACCACAUCUUAGUGUCUGGGUCGGACGUCUUGGUUCGGUUGUGUUCCUACCUUCCGAAAAAAUUAGAUGUAAAACUUAGCUGAGUGCUGGAAACUCUUGAAUGAUGCUUGAUGGCGAUGUCAAACUAUUUGUAUGGUAAUAAAAGUUUCAAAGCUGGGUUUAGGUUUUUGGUUUUAAAAAUAGGCACUGUUUAGUUGACUUAACUUGUGCAUGUGUUGUUUAAAUGCUUGGAAGAGAACGUCUCAAAGAUAUAUGACACAGAUCGGACACUCUCUUCACAUUUUUGCUGCUCUUCCUCUGUAAGUAAUACCCCUUUUCCCCCAAGCAACUGCUUAUCUAGAACAUCAAUGAUAUCUUGCUGGGAAAUUGUAGAACGCCCCUUCCUUACCAGAAAUCAGAGCAAGAGCAUGAAUACUGCAUCUAGAAACAAUGUCAGGACCAAACAAGAAGCCAAGAGAAAAUAGAAAGGAAACAAAAAGGUAAUACAUCACAUAAAGGGCCAGUGAUAAUGUUCAGGUACCCUAGGGAAACUUUACAGGGAUUGACAGCAAUAGUAGCUAAGGCUGUUAAUGGGCUGGAUUGGUAGCCCACUUGUGGCUGCACCUGACCCUAAUCCCCCACGUAAAUAAUAAUCAGGCCUAACCCAGAUUUUAGCUAGUUAUUCAGUCAAACAUGAAAGAAACCAUAGCAAACUUUUUCUCAACCUAAAUCUAGAAAAUUAUAAUGGAGUCAAAGGGGCGUUAAAUAUGGUCCAUUCAUAUGUACCCAGCCUUUAAUGUACAUGAGAACGAUUUUUUUUCUGUCAUCAAGUUCCCACUUCCCAGCAAUGUGAUGAAUAUUGCAAAACCAAAUUAAGAAAAUGACCAAGUGUGCUGUUAUUCGCAUCUGGUCUUCAGUACAUGAACAGCAGCACUUAACAUCUUGCUGCUUAGAACGGAACUUCAAUAUGAGGGUUGUGAUGCUAACUUGUUCACUGAAUAACCAAUAAAAGACCAGACUGCCCUCACUAAUGAAACCAUUUACAAUACAAAACCUAAUACAUAAACACACAAAAAACGAACAUACGGGCUAGGUAAACACAAAUGGAAAACCAUGGACUUUGACUCUUUAACUAAUUUAGAGGACUACUCAUAGUCUCAUAUGUUUUUACACAUGCAUUUCUGUAUAGUGCAUUGACUGUUUCAGCACAUGUUUCAAUGGUUCAAUAUUUGAAUCCACUGAGCAGUAUUUUUGUACACACAAAAGUGCUUUUCUUUUCAGAUCAGAUAUCAAACUAAGCGGUUGUUUUCCAGCUGAUGGUUAAAUAAUAAUUCUCAGUGAGCAUAGGGCCAAGUGCCCCUCGUAAAUCAGAUUCAGAUGCCUAAUAUGUUUUAGCUGAACUUGGGUAUAAAAUUUAGCCGAAAUUGAUUUUAAACAAACUAGGCUCAGUUGUGUGUCAAGCUUUUUCAAAUGCCUGAGUUUUAUGAAGACAUUUUUUGCUUUUGUAACUCACAAACUUAAGAUAUCCACUACUUAAUGAGCAGCCAAACAAAAUCUUUUAAUACAUAUUUUUUAAUUUUUCUUCUAAAUAUACAUUUUUUGUUUUUUAACAUAUUCAUAUUUUACAUAUUUUGCUAAAUUAAGUCAAAGUGGAAAUGAAAUGUAAAUAUUGUGGAUAUUAUUCUCGACCAUGCAAACACACCCUCGGAAUGUGCAUUUACAUUCUACAACCCAUAGACUGAACCAACUCAGUACUGUUUUUAGUUUUUUUGGUUUCUUAUUGCAUGUUUUUGUGGUAGUUUUCAGUUCUCUAAGCAUGCCUUUCAAAUUCUGUGCGUGUUGUACGUUUUAAUAUUUUUGAAGUGUUCUGUAGUCUUCCUGCAGCAUUUUCUUUUUUGUGGAGACAUGCAGGAGCACAUAUAAGAAGGGGAUGCUCAUGAGAAAGUGCACAUCUAUGUGCUUGCUAUCUUUAUGUGAAGGGACUUCAAAAUCCAAAGUUCGUUUUCUACAAGACCUACAUCUUUGUUCUAAUUGCAUAUGCAAGUGUCCAGCUGGCCUUUAGCCUACUCAUGCGCAUUCCAGCUUGUCAUAGGCUGACAAACCGAUGUGAUCAUGGCCUGUUAGGAGAUUUAUCAAGUGGAUGCAUCAGAUUUAUCUUCUCGAUUUUCAGAUUUACUAUACACUCUUUUCAGAUUUUCUAUACACUCUUUUCUGCAAUUGUUGGCUUCUUGCUUGGGGCAAGUGAUGGUCUAGGCGAGAUUCAUUCUGUUGACGCUGUUCAUGAGCUUUUUGAGCAGUUUCCUGAAGCUUUCAUGAAGUAUCUUCAUGUGCCAAACCAAAGAGACUAUAUUCUGAGAGACAAGGCAUAUGCUGCCAAGUUUGCUCCAUUUUGGAAUGAGAUUGUGAAAACCUUGCGGGAGGAAGACUAUAUCACUAAUUUGUGUAUGGACAUUGUCAUGAUGUAUGGGGCAUAUUCAACAACUCGUCGUUUAGCUGUGAUGAGAAUUGUUCUCCAUUUUCUUUGGUUUGGUGUUGCUUCAGCAUUUGUAUCAUAUCUUUAUGUGAAGGGACUUCAAAAUCCAAAGUCCGUUUUCUACAAGACCUACAUCUUUGUUCUAAUUGCAUAUGCAAGUGUCCAGCUGGCCUUUAGCCUACUCAUGCGCAUUCCAGCUUGUCAUAGGCUGACAAACCGAUGUGAUCAAUGGCUUGUUAGGAGAUUUAUCAAGUGGAUGCAUCAGCUGUUCUUUUCUGAUUUAAGGAAAGGCAUUAUGUUGGACGAGGAAUGUAUGAGCGAACAACUGACUUUAUCAAGUAAGUCUGUAUUUUCCUGUGGAAAUAUCUUUGUCUUGUGCUCAAACAUGGAAUAUUGUGUUAGUUUGAUUUUGUGUAUAUGAAGGAUUUUUUAGGUGUUUGGGUGUGCCCAUGACUAGGGUGGUUCUCUUGGCAGUUGUUUUGGCUUAUUUCUAUAGUGUUGUGCUUCACAAUGGCUAUGUCACAUGGGUACGGGUACAUACCAUUUUAAAAAAAAACUUGGGUACGACCAUAUAUAUAUAUAUAUAUAUAUAUAUAUAUAUAUAUAUAUAUAUAUAAAAGCAAAAAAUAAGAAUUCAAAGUUUAAACAAACAGAACAACACAUUCAUGAGUCCAAAAAAAGAAAAGAAUAAAAACCCUAAUUUUCGAGAUGUGAAACAUGUACUAAGAUAGACCAAAAAUGCAAGAUUCUCUGGAUGCAUCCGCCCUUUAAUUUCUUCAAAAGUUCCUGUGAUCACCAACUUGGAAACAAAUGUAGGAGCUCUAAGAUAGACUAAUAAACGCUUUAAUUUGACCAUAAAUGAUAGACAUAAAAUAGAAAAUAACCAAAAUAAUACCUACUUUGAAGUCUGUACUCUCUAAACUAAUUGGACUAUGGUAAACAGGAACUAAAUAUCAACAAAUUUGAAAGACUGCCAAAGAAGCAUACAUGACUCUGACUUAAGUUGUCUAAUGCAUACACUAGCAGAACUGAGAUCACAAAUUCAGGUAAAAGACAGACUAAUUGAUUACUAGAAACUUGUCAGGUUGCUGCAAGUAAUCAUAUAUGUAAUUUUCACAAACUUAUAGCAAAAAUUCUUUGUUUUCAAUAUACAUUUGCAAUCACUUUGCAACCACUGGGUCAAAUCAGAUUCCCUGAUCAAAUAAGCUAAACCCAAGGGAUAACAGGUCUUGGGAAACAAAACAAAUCAAUUAUCCACAGUUUUGGAAAUAGAAGUUUACAACAACAACAACUCUAUCUCUACAGGUUAGGAGAUUUCUGGUUUCAAGCCUCAAAUGUACAGGCAUAGAGUUGGUUUCCUACCAAACUAUGACAAGCCAAUAAACAAAAAACACAAACAAACAACUGUUUACCUAUCUUUAUGCAAGUCAUUGCCCAGCUAACACUGCAAACACACGAUAGGAAAUUCAUCACACUCAAUAUGAAUGGAAUAUGUUUGAGGGGUAGCCGUUUUGGUAAUAAGAAAACGACAUCUUUUAAGAACAAAGAGGGGUUGGGAGUUCCUCAUAGGUCCAACAAGCUAGGAAACAUAACAAAAGAUGUCAAGUUUUUAUUUUGAAAUAGCUCAUAAAUCAUCGAUUUAAAUCGUAAGGUUGAGUGCUCCUUGUGCAAAUUAUAUGUCCUUCAGUUACCCUCAAUAUUGUACAAGCAUUAGGAUUCAUUUCGCAUCAAUGUUGUUGAAUCUCUAGAAAGGAAAAUCUUUGAAUUUUCAAAAUAUGAACAUAAAAGAACCAUCCUCAACAUCUUAGAAAGUCAAAAAGAGGAAUGACUAUAGACUCAAGACUCGUGCAUCCACAAAAGACUGUCACAUUCAAUUCCUAGGAGUUCAGCCUUCAUGCCAUUCAUAUCUUGACAGGCACCUUUUUUGUUUUUCUUGCUUUUUUUCUUUUUUUUGCAAUCGGCUUUUUGCCCUUUUUUUGUUUUUUUUUUUUUGCUUUUGAAUUUUUUUAGGCCGACCUUCACCUUUAAGGGAAUCCCUCACCACCCCAAAGGCUACUACGAAGCUCCACCACUUUACUGGUCAUGUGUAGCUUUUUCAUGUAUCCAACCCGUUUCACCUUGCGGGUUUUCAACAUGUCAAAAGUUCAUAAGUUUUCAUCUUCGCGGUAUAAACAUAAAUCAUGUUUAUGCCUACCUGGUACUCUCGAUUACUGACUCAGAGGAACGACCACACAAGCCCCGAGCCCAUCUCUUAACUCUCAUUUUGCUACCUGUCAAUAUUUUAAAAGGCAUUAUGGCUUCUCUCCUAAGAUAUUUUCCUGAUAAAUCCUUGCAGAUGCUUGAUCACUUAAGUCAAUAGCCUUUCAUAGCCAUGACUUUCUCAGCUUCAUUGAAUUUUUUUUCACUGCUCAUAUCCAGGAUCUUUGCAGAUUUCAUCUUCUAAUGAUUGGCAACAAAAACUUGAAAUUUUUCCCUUCUGCUCGAGGAGGUAUUAAGAAUAAGAUGAAGGUAUAUCAUUAUGUGAGAAAACAUUUUUUAAAUGUUUUUAGGUAAAAUUAAAAAUUUUCACUUUCAAAAAACUUCUUGACAUCAAAUGGUAUAUCACCUAGAAGUAGAAACUCUGGUCUGCCUAAAGAGAGGAGUGUCUACGAAACCAAAUGGAUUUGUUGGAUAGAAGAAUGAACUACAUCAGCUCUCCUAUAAAAGUAGGGUAUUCAAAACAAAAUGUUGGUUUAAGGGUGAAGGGUUCUCAUAAGUGUCAGCUCCUCAACUAAUUGGAAGUUUCAAACAAUUGGGUAAAGCACAUUCUCUCCCUAAACAAAUGACUAGGUUUAGAUUGCACAAAAGUUUGGCCCAUCGACAACUUGUAGCUUCAAUAAUUUCACCAAUAGUUGGUGAACACCACA